UGAGAGCGACCAGAGUGUGAGGAACUGGAAGGAAAGAGCGAGCAAUAGAGAUGAUUGGCAUGCUAUAAUUCAGGAAGCCAAGGCCCACCCUCGGCUGUAGAGCUACAUAGUAAUAAGGAGUGGGAAAUAUUUAUAGGAGUGAUAGCAGAUCUCAAAAGCUACAGAAAAAUAAGAGAACUAUAUAAACUUUGGUCUGAUUUUUGGCAGCAAAAAAGGAAAUUCAAAUGUCAGUCGAUUCGUACUCUGAGGAAGCAAAAGCUCUGAAGAAAUUGAACCUCGAAAAAGCCACUAACUUCAUGAGGCAGUAUAGGGACCCUGACAGCAGGGAAUUGAAGAAACUCUCAGCUCAUCAGUUCAUGGAGGUUUGGAGCCAUUACGACAAAGAUUCCAACGGCUACAUCGAGGGUACAGAGUUGGACGGUUUCUUGAGGGAAUUCGUUUCCAGCGCCAACGUGCAGGAUGUUAGCCCAGAGGCAGUUUCGGAUGCCAUGCUAGAAGAACUCAAAGCAUGUUUUAUGGAGGCCUAUGAUGAUAAUCAGGAUGGCAAGAUCGAUAUCCGAGAAUUGGCUCAACUUCUACCAAUGGAAGAAAAUUUUCUUUUGCUGUUCAGAUUUGACAAUCCAUUGGAAUCCAGCGUGGAGUUUAUGAAGAUAUGGAGAGAAUACGAUAUGGACGGUAGUGGUUACAUAGAAGCUGACGAACUAAAGAAUUUCUUGAGAGACCUCCUAAAAGAAGCCAAGAUCAAUGAUGUAAGUGAGGACAAGCUCAUCGAGUACACAGACACUAUGCUCCAAGUGUUUGAUGCUAACAAAGAUGGGAGAUUGCAGUUGUCCGAGAUGGCAAAAUUGCUUCCGGUCAAAGAAAAUUUCCUCACAAGACAGAUUUUCAAGGGUGCCACAAAACUAACAAAAGAAGACAUUGAGAAAGUUUUUGCUCUAUACGACAGGGACAACAAUGGGACAAUAGAAAAUGAAGAGUUGAGAGGAUUUCUUAAAGAUCUACUUGAACUUGUCAAGAAGGAUUACGACGCUCAAGACCUGGAGGAAUUCGAGGACACACUGCUAAGAGGAGUUGAGCGGGACCGCGGUGGUAAGAUCAACAAGAAGGAGCUGACCAUGAUCCUCCUUGCAUUGGCCAAGAAGAGCAACGAAGAACCUUAGAUUGUCUCAACUGUCUUUUUCAAUAAUUUAUCCUAGCCAAUUAUUUUAUCUGAUAAAAAUUAAGAUGUUUUACACACAAAUUUCAUUUGACUAAGAUAAAAUUUUAAUUUUUUCAACAAUGGACUGAAGUAUCUGUAGAUUUUAAUAAGAUUACAACUUAUACCUAUUAAUGGUUGAGUCCUCCCCCUUUGUGUGAUAAAAGUGAGAAUGGAACCGAAAUGGCCAAUGCUAAAAUAGUAAUUUUUUAUAUGUUAUUCAAUGUUACCCAUAUGGUGAGAGUGAUAUAAUAAAAUGACUGCGACAAUUUCAAAUAUUUAGUAGGCGCUACAACAUUGACACAAUAGGCGUUUGUAUAGAUGUUAUUAUGUGAUAAAUGUAUUACUGCUUCUAUUAUGAUUUCGUUGGAUAUACACGGAUUCAUUUGAAUGUAAUACUUAAUGAUUAAUUCCUAGUUUUAUUAAUCUAUGAAGUUUAUAUGGAUACAAGGAAAGAUACAUGAAUCCGUAUCAGUAUUAUUGAAUUGUAAAAAGUUUGAAUUUAAAGCGUUUAUAAGUCCCUCACACAUAUUGAUUGUUGUUUUUUCAAAUUUUUAUUUUUUUAUUGUAUCGAUUCUAUAGUAGGAAUGGUUAUCUUCUAUCUUCGAGAAGAAUUCCAGUAUUAAUUCUUCACUAAUUUACCUAGUUAUAGUCCUUAAGAAAAUUCUAGAAGUUGAGGGAUAUCAUACGAUCCUUCCUAUUUUAUAAAUUUAUAAGGUAUCAAUUUUCUGUUGCAAUAACUUUUAUUCGCCACUAUUCUUGCUCAAGGGAGUAGGUAGGAUUUUCCUCCUCACCCCCUCCUCUCCGGAAUCUCUCAAGCCCUCAGAAUUUUUUUUAAAAGGAAUCAUUAACGAAAAGUCCCAAACACAAUACAAACGAAAACUUAAUUGUAAUCAUUUUUCCAACAAGAUGACGAAAUAAUAAUAGCCAGUAAAAAAUUUUAAAGAAAAUUAAAUACUCUUGAUAAUUGAUUGAUGGUUGACAGCAGUAAAUAAUUUAAGAGAAGUUGUUUGGGGUUUUCAGUCAAAAUAUAAAGUAAAAAAAAAUAAAUAAUAUUUAUUUUUAUUUCCUUUGUACCGACGUUUCGGCCUAAAUUCAAGCCUUCACCAGGGCUAAUCAAAGACAAGAUAACAUAUGAUAUAGAUAUUGAGAAAUGUUAUAUAAAAAUAGAUGUAUCGUUUGAAUAUAUAUUUUUAUAUACCAUGUCUCAAUAUUUAUAUUAUAUGUUAUUUUGUCUUUGAUGAAGGCUUGAAUUUAGGUCGAAACGUCGGCGCAAAAUAAAUAUAAUUUCUUUAUUUUUACUUUGUAUUUUGAUUGAAAAAUCUAAUCAACUGCUCUUCAAAAAUAAAUAUUGUUCAAUAUUUUAAAAUAUAUAAACUCCGAGGUCAUAUUUUAUUUAUCAAUGCAAUAAAAUCUUUGAUUUCCUUCUCUUUAGUGUUGCCCAAAAUCGAUGGUAAAAAUGGUAAAAAAAUCGAUUUUUAAAAUAAAAAUUAAGGCAAAACAGUUACUAAUACUUGACAAUUUUAGUUACUAUAUAUUAAUCAUUGGUAUGACCAAUAUACUUUUUCACAUAACUCCUCUAAUUUUUCAUUCGGGCUUAGUUAGGUUUCUCCUAUCUAAAAAAUUACAGUAAUAUCUCUAUAGUAAUAAGCUAAUAAGUAACUGCAAGACUGUUGCGAGACUCUUGCGCAAGACCAAGAUCAUGCGCAAGACCAUGACCAUGACCAAGACUGAGUUUGCAAGACCAAGACUCUUCUCAGUCCCGCAUUUGGGCAACGCUACUUCUUAUUUAUUUAUUACUUACCAUCGAGAAACAAGUAAGAAUAGUUUUGUACAAUGGGACUGACCUCUUAUGUCUAAAUAUGUUUUUAUGCAUCAAGGAAAAGCUAAAAACUAUCAUUGGCUAGACUUCAGGAGGGGGAAGGGGGCGGGCGAUUGUCUUCCCUCUCCCUAAGAAUAGAGAAGGGGCUAGAAUAUCGUUUCACCCCUCCCCCCAAUAUUUCUAAGAAAGAAAAUAAAAUCAAUAACAAUUAAUCUACAUGAACGAAUAAAAUAUUUAAACUAAAACCAAUUAAGAAAAUAUCAAAAGUCGACUAGAUGUUUAUAAGGCCUAGAAGUCAAGUAGCUACGCAGAUAUUUUACCACACCAUAUGGUCCUGUUAUUGAAAUUUUAGUUUAUAUUCAAAGAUAAUUAUAUGUUGCAAGAAAUCCUAGAAUUUAUGAUUCAUUUAUGUACAACCUUCCGUCUUUACGUGAAGGUUUUAUCUCAUUUCCAGAAUCAAAUUUAAAGCAUCGGAGUGUUAGGAGUUCAUCUCACUGCCUCAGAAAUAAUAAAUACAAAUAUGUAAUGUAUCCAAUUGAUUUGGUUACAUAUUAUCAAAUAUACCCAUAUGAAAUUUUUUUUAAUAUAUAUAGCAUAAUAUUGUUUCUUUUAUAAUAAUUAAGUUGAUUAUAUUAAUUAUCACUCAUAAUUUUUCUACACAGUAUAAACUCCCGGGACUUUUUCUGGAUGGAGGUCUACUCCCACCCACCAAAGAGAUGGAAAAACUGCGCCUAACCAUUAUGAUUUAUUUAAUAUGUUUCAAAACUAAAAAAAAAUAUUUGUAUUAUUUUUUUGGGAAGGAAGGUCAUUCGCUAACCAUCAAAAGGGCUUAUUACUUAGUUGCAGCUUAUGACAAUCUUAAUCAUCUAGUAUAAGCUGAUAUCUCUCAACUUCAAUUCGUAGUUUAAUAAACAUAUCCUGUUAAAUCAAUAAGAGAUGGAGAAAUUCAAUGAUUACGAGGCGCAAGCAUUUUUAAAAGAAUGAUGACAUGUGUAAGUAAUUACAUGAUAUACUCAAAACACCAUUAAAUGCUCAUAUACUUAAAAUAAAAUAUAGAAACUUAAAUAAACUUUUUUUAAAUGGUAAACUAAGUUAUGUGUAAUUGUCACAACGCUGCAGAGUAACUGUUACAGUACAUAAUCAAAAUCUUAUGGAUAUUUAUAUAAAUCUUUUAUUAAAUACUUGUUCAAAGGCUUAGGUGCUAAAUACAAAAUGUUAUUGUAAAAAUAA